AUGCGCGUCCUCGCCUCGCGCCUGGCUCUCCGCCGUGUUGCGGCGCCGACCGCCCCGCUCGACUUGCGGCAUUCCUCAAACGCCCCCGCUUCACAGCCCGCUCUCGACUCUGUCCUGACCGUCGACCUCGGCACGCCGAAGCGCACGGCCCCGAAGAAGAAGAAGACGCCUCCGGUUACACUGGCCGCCAAUCCGCUCGCGAACACCUUCUCCCUCUCUGCGGCCGAGGCGAAAGCUCUGGCGCAGGACGACGUCAUGCACCACGAGCGUGCCAAAGACCGCGUGCGCGAGCGUGGGGGCAAGCUCCUGCUCGAGACGCCGGAGGACUUUGUCGCCAUCGAGCCCGGAGCGCUGGCGUACUGGGGCCCCCUCGCCGAGGCCGACGCAAAGUACGAGACGGAGGCGCAGAAGACGCGCCUGACGCGCAUCUCGACCGCGCGGCUGCGCGACGCCUGCCCCUGCCCGAAGUGCAUUCACCCGAGCACGAGGCAGAAGACGCAUACCUCUGGCGAAGCCUUCCGCGAGGUGCGCAACUACGAGCUCGGAGACAAGAUCAAGGCGGCGGAGCAGGACGGCGUGAAGGGAGUCGAAGUCACCUGGCCCGAGCUCGAGGGCGAGCACCGCGCCUUCUACCCCGUCUCGCUGCUGCGCCGACUCGCGUCCCCGCUCCCCCGUGGCGGGCCGUUCCAGCGUAACGGCCUGAAGCGGCAGCUGUGGACUGCCGGCGAGCUCGAGUCGCAGGCCAAGAACCUCUGGACAGACUACAAGGACCUGCAGGCCGGCUCCAUCGACGGCCCGCUGCAGCCGCGCCCCGAGGUCUUCCUGCGCAUCUUGGAGCAGCUGCAGGUGUACGGCCUCGCCGUGAUCCGGGGCAUCCCGACAUCAAAGACGGGGAACAAGGACGCCAGCAUCCGCGAGUUUGCCGAGGCCAUCGGGCCCCUCCGCAACACGUUCUACGGGGAGACGUGGAACGUCCAGUCCGUCGCCGACAGCAAGAACGUGGCGUACACGAGCCUGAACCUGGGCCUGCACAUGGAUCUGUGCUACUACCAGCUCCCGCCGCGGUUCCAGUUCCUGCACUGCCUGCGCAACCGCGUCAUAGGCGGCGCGUCGUACUUUGUCGACUCGUUCCAGGCCGCUGCCAAUCUGCAGCAGAGCAACCCCGAGGCGUACGCUCUGCUCCAGAACCAGCGCAUAACGUACGAAUACGACAAUGACGGGCAUUACAUGACGGACUCGCACCCGGUCCUGCCGGGCAACCUGCACUCCUCGCAACUGAGGACCGCCGUGUUCUGGUCUCCGCCUUUCCAAGCGCCGCCGUCCAAGAUGCCGCGUAUCACGCGUUUCGUCGGAGGAGGAGGAGGAGGAGGAGGAGGGGAGAAGAGUGUGGACCCCGUCGAGGCCGAGAACGCAUUCUAUGACGCGCUGUCCCUGUUCCAGGAGAAACUCGACGAUCCCGCCCUGCGCUACGAGUUUACGAUGCAGGAGGGCGAUGCGGUGCUGUUUGACAAUAACCGUGUCCUCCAUGCUCGCACGGCGUUUAGGGAUAAGACGGACGAGGAGGUCGCGAGGGACCAGACGGUCAUCACGCCUGGCGAGCCGACGAGAUGGCUCAAGGGGCUUUACCUGGAUGGAAGCACGGUGUGGGACCGCAUCAGCGUGCUCAACGACCAGGUCCGGGGUCGCCUGGCCUAG